AUGACGGUUCGGGGUUUCAGGGUUCAGGGUUUUAAGGGGUUUGGCGAUGGUUUAGCUGGCCAGCGUGCGGCAGUGGCCCCUUUGUCUGCUCGAGUGCCCCCUGGCGGGGAUGUGGGCGACAUGAGCGAGGCGGACCUGGAGGCAGCCAUAGAGGCGCUCUUCGCGCAGCUCGCCAGCGACCUCGAGGCCGACGCGGACGUGGACGGCACUGGUUUCGCUGCGGGCGAUGCUGACGUGGAGCUUGACGAUGAUGAGCUGGCGGCGCUGCAGGUUGAGCUGGACGCGGCGCUGGCGGAGAUGACGGCGGAGGUGGAGAAGGAGGGAGAGGGGGAGGUGGAUGAGGAGGAGAGAGCACUCGUGGCGGAGCUGGGACUGGAGGAGGAGGGGGAGGAUGAGGAGGAGGAGGAUGAGGAUGAGGAAUGGGAGGGUGAGGUAUGGGAGCAGACAGAGGGGAGGCAGGUAACGGGAGAGGUGAUGGCGAAGGGGGCGGCGAGCGGGGAAGGAGAGCGAGGAGAGGCGGGCAAGAAGGAAGAGGGGGUGCAUGACGUGGCAGGGGUAAUGGCAGGUGCCAUUGCCGCAGGUGCUAUUGCUGGCAGUGCUAUGGGAAGGAGGGAAGCGGUGGCAGGGGAGAAAGAGCAGAGGAUGGGGAUUGCGGAGCAAGUAGAGAGCGGUGCAGCAGUGCGCCAAGGGCAGGAAGAUGCGAGGGGGGAGCGCAGCGAUAAGUCGACGCAAAAGGGGGGUUCUCCUCGUGAUGAGGACUGGCAGGGCGAGGAGGAGGAGGACGCGGAAGAGGAGGAUAGCAGUGGGGCAAGGGAAGGGGCGCGGCGGGAGGUGCAGCUGCAGCGAUGGCAGCUGAAGAAACUGGCUCUGGCAGUGCAAAAGGGGCGGAGACACAUCAAUGUGAAGGCGCUGGCAGCAGAGGCCCAUCUGCCACGGCGAGACGUGCUGGCGUUCCUGCGCCAUCCCCCCGACAUCUCCGCCCUCUUCCCCGACCUCCCCUCGCCCUCCACUCCCCCCACGACCUCGCCGGCCCCUGGUGGGGGUGCGGGGGAGCAAGAGACAGCAGUGGUGGCGCAUAGUGGGGCUGCAGGGGCUCAGGGCGAAGGGAGCGGUGUGGGUGAAAAGGCCGGAGGCGAGGGAAAAGGCGCGGACAGGCUGGGAAUGAGUGAGGAGGGGAAGAAGGAGUGGCAGGAGCGGUGGAAGAAGGGGAAGAGGAUACGGCAGGAGCACCUGAGCACACUGGAAGCUGUCUACCAGCGCAGCAAGUACCCCACGAACGCGGUGGUGGCGAACCUAGUGAGUGUGACCCACUUGCCGCGCCGCCGCAUCCUGCAGUGGGGGGAUCGCGUGGGCAGGGGGGAUCGCGUGGGCAGGCGAAAGCACCUGGCUCACCUCCGCCUCUCUCACCUCCGCCUCUCUCACCCCUCUCUCACCCUCCGCCUCUCUCACCCUCCGCCUCUCUCACCCUCCGCCUCUCUCACCCUCCGCCUCUCUCACCCUCCGCCUCUCUCACCCUCCGCCUCUCUCACCCUCCGCCUCUCUCACCCUCCGCCUCUCUCACCCUCCGCCUCUCUCACCCUCCGCCUCUCUCACCCUCCGCCUCUCUCACCCUCCGCCUCUCUCACCCUCCGCCUCUCUCACCCUCCGCUUCUCACCCUCCCCCUCUCUCACCCUCCGCCUCUCUCACCCUCCGCCUCUCUCACCCUCCGCCUCUCUCACCCUCCGCCUCUCUCACCCUCCGCCUCUCUCACCCUCCGCUUCUCUCACCCUCCGCCUCUCUCAUCCUCCGCCUCUCUCACCCUCCGCCUCUCUCACCCUCCGCCUCUCUCACCCUCCGCCUCUCUCACCCUCCGCCUCUCUCACCCUCCGCCUCUCUCACCCUCCGCUUCUCUCACCCUCCGCUUCUCUCACCCUCCGCCUCUCUCACCCUCCGCCUCUCUCACCCUCCGCCUCUCUCACCCUCCGCCUCUCUCACCCUCCGCCUCUCUCACCCUCCGCCUCUCUCACCCUCCGCCUCUUUCACCCUCCGCCUCUCUCACCCUCCGCCUCUCUCACCCUCCGCCUCUCUCACCCUCCGCCUCUCUCACCCUCCGCCUCUCUCACCCUCCGCCUCUCUCACCCUCCGCCUCUCUCACCCUCCGCCUCUCUCACCCUCCGCCUCUCUCACCCUCCGCCUCUCUCACCCUCCGCCUCUCUCACCCUCCGCCUCUCUCACCCUCCGCCUCUCUCACCCUCCGCCUCUCUCACCCUCCGCCUCUCUCACCCUCCGCCUCUCUCACCCUCCGCCUCUCUCAUCCUCCGCCUCGCUCAUCCUCCGCCUCUCUCACCCUCCGCCUCUCUCACCCUCCGCCUCUCUCACCCUCCGCCUCUCUCACCCUCCGCCUCUCUCACCCUCCGCCUCUCUCACCCUCCGCCUCUCUCACCCUCCGCCUCUCUCACCCUCCGCCUCUCUCACCCUCCGCCUCUCUCACCCUCCGCCUCUCUCAUCCUCCGCCUCUCUCAUCCUCCGCCUCUCUCACCCUCCGCCUCUCUCACCCUCCGCCUCUCUCACCCUCCGCCUCUCUCAUCCUCCGCCUCUCUCAUCCUCCGCCUCUCUCACCCUCCGCCUCUCUCACCCUCCGCCUCUCUCACCCUCCGCCUCUCUCACCCUCCGCCUCUCUCACCCUCCGCCUCUCUCACCCUCCGCCUCUCACAUCCUCCGCCUCUCUCACCCUCCGCCUCUCUCACCCUCCGCCUCUCUCACCCUCCGCCUCUCUCACCCUCCGCCUCUCUCACCCUCCGCCUCUCUCACCCUCCGCCUCUCUCACCCUCCGCCUCUCUCACCCUCCGCCUCUCUUACCCUCCGCCUCUCUCACCCUCCACCUCUCUCACCCUCCGCCUCUCUCAACCUCCGCCUCUCUCACCCUCCGCCUCUCUCACCCUCCGCCUCUCUCACCCUCCGCUUCUCUCACCCUCCGCCUCUCUCACCCUCCGCCUCUCUCACCCUCCGCCUCUCUCACCCUCCGCCUCUCUCAUCCUCCGCCUCUCUCACCCUCCGCCUCUCUCACCCUCCGCCUCUCUCACCCUCCGCCUCUCUCACCCUCCGCCUCUCUCACCCUCCGCCUCUCUCACCCUCCGCCUCUCUCACCCUCCGCCUCUCUCAUCCUCCGCCUCUCUCAUCCUCCGCCUCUCUCACCCUCCGCCUCUCUCACCCUCCGCCUCUCUCACCCUCCGCCUCUCUCACCCUCCGCCUCUCUCACCCUCCGCCUCUCUCACCCUCCGCCUCUCUCAUCCUCCGCCUCUCUCAUCCUCCGCCUCUCUCACCUCCGCCUCUCUCACCCUCCGCCUCUCUCACCCUCCGCCUCUCUCACCCUCCGCCUCUCUCACCCUCCGCCUCUCUCACCCUCCGCCUCUCACAUCCUCCGCCUCUCUCACCCUCCGCCUCUCUCACCCUCCGCCUCUCUCACCCUCCGCCUCUCUCACCCUCCGCCUCUCUCACCCUCCGCCUCUCUCACCCUCCGCCUCUCACAUCCUCCGCCUCUCUCACCCUCCGCCUCUCUCACCCUCCGCCUCUCUCACCCUCCGCCUCUCUCACCCUCCGCCUCUCUCACCCUCCGCCUCUCUCACCCUCCGCCUCUCUCACCCUCCGCCUCUCUCACCCUCCGCCUCUCUCACCCUCCGCUUCUCUCACCCUCCGCCUCUCUCACCCUCCGCCUCUCUCACCCUCCGCCUCUCUCACCCUCCGCCUCUCUCAUCCUCCGCCUCUCUCACCCUCCGCCUCUCUCACCCUCCGCCUCUCUCACCCUCCGCCUCUCUCACCCUCCGCCUCUCUCACCCUCCGCCUCUCUCACCCUCCGCCUCUCUCACCCUCCGCCUCUCUCACCCUCCGCCUCUCUCACCCUCCGCCUCUCUCACCCUCCGCCUCUCUCACCCUCCGCUUCUCUCACCCUCCGCUUCUCUCACCCUCCGCUUCUCUCACCCUCCGCUUCUCUCACCCUCCGCCUCUCUCACCCUCCGCUUCUCUCACCCUCCGCUUCUCUCACCCUCCGCCUCUCUCACCCUCCGCCUCUCUCACCCUCCGCCUCUCUCACCCUCCGCCUCUCUCACCCUCCGCCUCUCUCACCCUCCGCUUCUCUCACCCUCCGCCUCUCUCACCCUCCGCCUCUCUCACCCUCCGCCUCUCUCACCCUCCGCCUCUCUCACCCUCCGCCUCUCUCACCCUCCGCCUCUCUCAUCCUCCGCCUCUCUCACCCUCCGCCUCUCUCACCCUCCGCCUCUCUCACCCUCCGCCUCUCUCACCCUCCGCUUCUCCCACCCUCCGCCUCUCUCACCCUCCGCCUCUCUCACCCUCCGCUUCUCUCACCCUCCGCUUCUCUCACCCUCCGCUUCUCUCACCCUCCGCUUCUCUCACCCUCCGCCUCUCUCACCCUCCGCUUCUCUCACCCUCCGCCUCUCUCACCCUCCGCCUCUCUCACCCUCCGCCUCUCUCACCCUCCGCUUCUCUCACCCUCCGCUUCUCUCACCCUCCGCCUCUCUCACCCUCCGCUUCUCUCACCCUCUGCUUCUCUCACCUCCGCCUUUCUCAUCCUCCGCCUCUCUCAUGGGGAGAUGCAUCGACAGGGGGGUAGCUUGGGCAUCGACAGGGUAGAUGCGUCGUCCUCCCUCCCUUCCUCCCGUCCCCUUCCUGCUAUUCUCCCAUCUCCUCAUCCUCUCUCGAUCCUGUCCCCCUUCCCCUUCCCAUCUCCCACCCUCCUACUCCCUUCCUCUCAUCCUCCCAUCCUCCCUUUCUUCCUUCCUCCCUCCCUUCCACCCAUCUACCCAACGUCGUCCUCUCCCACCCCCUUCCUUUCUUCAUCUAUUCCCUCUCCCAAUUCUCUGGCUCAGUGCCUUUCCCCGCUCUCUCCCCCCUUACAACCACUCUUCAUCUUCCCCCCCCUUCCGCCCUUCCUCUGGAGCGAAGAGGGGAUAUGGCAGAAUAAUCGAGGGGUGGAGGUGGAGGUACAGAAGGGCAUGUAUGGGAGGAGUGGACAAGGCAGAGGGGUGAGCAAAGGGGGAAAGGGAGUGAGCAGGAUGGAGAAGGGGGUGGGCAAAAGGGGAAAGAGAGUGAGCAGGGUGGAGAAGGGGGUGAGCAAAGGAGGAAGCAAGUAA